AUGGAAACUACUGCUGAGCACGACCCCUGGGCCUUCCCGGAUUCAACACAUACGGCGAGAUGCGGUACAAUUCGUGAUCUCAGGGCGACUAAAAUCACAGAUUUCUUCAAACCUGACCGCCCAUCAAAGCGCCGCCCUAUUUCUGGGACGUCGUUUCUGGACCUGCCAGCACAUAUCCGUGACAGGAUCUACGAAGAAGCAGGUGUUGGUGGCAACGAGUUUAUCGACCUGAAUAUUUGGUUGGCCAGAGGCUUGAACCUUUGUUGGAAGGACGAUGACGACCAGCCACCCAGUAUUGACGAUUGGACGGAGCCUGAGUGGCGUGGGCCAAGAUUCUCAUCGUGUUCUCCUUUCAACCGAACACCGUUCCCUGCCGCACUUCUAUGGGCAGGCUCUCACCUCAUUCAUAAUGAGGUGCAGGCCAAGAUAUACUCGGAGAACACCUUUGCAGUGAGCUUAGCGGGGAAUCAGAGCCUGCGGCCGUUGGAGAUGCUUAGCGACGCAGCUCUAAGAGAGCUCAGGGUUCUCUUCAUUAUCAUAUGUCCUUGCAAAUGUCUUACUCCUUGCUGCCAGGGACCAAAUGAAGAUCACAGCUGCUAUGAUUUCGAUGACCGGCCGGACCGCCGGGGUUUCUGGAGGCUUACGAAGAUGCUUGUUGACGAUGCCCCGCAUAGCAGACCUCUCGGCUGCAUCAGUUGGACUGACAAACAAACAUUAAGUCAAUGGGAAAGAAUCUGUGCCCGUUUGAGAGCGAAUUCUCGACCCCGUCAGCUUAGUCUCUACUUGGUGGCCAAUGUUGCUGAUCCACAAACUGCAAAGCGUAUCGUCGAUCCGCUCGACGGCUUGCCGAUAUUGAAAGACUUGGGCAUCAAUCUCGGUCGUCGUCUCAAGGGCUGUCAGAAUUUCGAGCCCAAGUCUUUUGUACGCCAGGUUGUGCAAAAGUUGACAGAUACAGUACCAUAUAAGCAGUUCCCUUUCUUGGACUUGCCACUUGAGCUACAGAUCAAGAUUAUACAACAAUCUAAAAUUGCUCACUACAGAAGUAACCGCGCGCAAUGGUAUGCAACUUCGCCUCCUCAUUGGCCACGGAAUGACUGGCACACCUGCCAUAGCAAGGAAAUAGACCAUUAUUAUUAUUCGGAGGCCGAGGAUACUUACCUCCUGGACGAGUCCGAGUUAGAUGACGUUAAACCCUUGGUUCGCCAAACUGCUUUUUGUUUUCUGGAAAACCCCGCUGCCUUCAACAAUCGCUGCAAGUGCACCCCCACUGGCACGCUUUUCGAAGUAAGCAAAGCCUUUUCGGUCGUGGCAGAGGCGGUAUACUUCACAGAGAAUAUGUUUUCUCUUCAUUACCAGAGUACCACCCGGGAUUUUGUUGCCACUGGCCAGGAUCAGAUCUAUCCGCUGGCCCUACCGUCGUUUCUUCACUUUCUCCCCCAUAGGUAUAUCUCGAGCCUGAGAAAUAUCUGCAUACUCCUUCCUCCAUGCACACCAGACUUCCUCGCGCCGGGCCAGUCUGCCUGGGAUGAAUGGGUAUGGUCCAUUGAGCUUCUGGAGCAGUCGGCGGACUUGACACGUCUAAGGCUCGAGAUUCACUUUUGUGAUCAGAAUAGGGACCCAUACUUACCUGGUGCGGGCCCAGAGCAGCAUCAGAUAACUGCCGAAUUUCAUCGUGCGCGGAUCUAUGGGGAUGCGAAAGUCGAGGAGGCCAUGCUGGAUGCGUACAAGCGGAUACUUGGUCCUCUGAAACGUCUGGGACCUGGACUCCGUGCCUUAGUGAUAUAUGUCUCUUGGCCAUUAUGUUAUUUGUCAAGAGAGAAACGAAAGGCCGACGAAACAAUGCUCGAAAGGAUGAUUAUGGGUCAAGAAUACGAUUCGGCCAAGUUCGGGAAGUUCAAAAGCAGCCCGUACAGCCAACCCAGGGACUAUCCUGGCCCUGAUUUUUAA